AUGGGCAUGCCUGGCUCAUUCCACGGUUGCUUAUUUCCUGAUGGUUUUCUACAUUUUGUUCACUCUUCAUUUUCUCUCCAAAUCCUCUCUAGAGUGCCAAAUGAGGUGGUGGACAAGAGCUCUCCUGCUCGGAACAAAGGGAGAAUUCAAUAUGCAAAUUCUUUGGAUGAGGUUUUCAGAGCUUAUGAAGCCCAAUAUGAGAAGGACAUGGAGAGGUUUCUAAAUGCAAGAUCUCAUUCUGAAGCUUUUGUGAACAUGACAAUAGAUCUUUUGGGAUCUAGCCUAGUUGACAUGGCCAGAAAGGGCAUGUUAAGUGAAGAAAAAGUUGACUCCUUUAACAUACCAACUUUCAAUGCAUCGCUCGGGCAAGUGGAAGCAAUUGUGAAACGAAAUGGAUGUUUUAGAAUAGAAAUAUUAAAGAGCCUGCCCCAAGAGAAGCCGCAACCAAAAGUGUUAUCAUCUACCAUGAGAGCUUGCAUUGAGGGAAUGAUAAAACAGCAUUUUGGAUAUGAGAUUCUAGACGAGAUGUUUGAAUUAUUAAGCAAGAAGUUCGAAGAACCAUUCUCUAGCUUAUAG